AUGGAAGAGAAGUCAUGUUGGAUUUGCUUUCUUUCCUCCUCCGAGGACCCUGCCAGCUGUUCAGAUGCUAAAUGGGUGCACCCGUGCAAGUGUAGUGGAUCUACGCAAUGGGUGCACGAGGAUUGCCUUUUAAGGUGGCUUAAAUCCAGCUCCCGCUCAGGAAAUAAUCUGUUUAGAUAUGGCAACAGGCGCUCAUCUGAUUCCGUCUCGAUCACCCCAUCGUCCACAACGGCUUCCUCAAGCGGGCAGCGCUCUUUUUUCUAUAGGCUGCUCGAGGACGUCAAGAUGGCGCUGUCGAGAAUCUGGCCUGGCUCUCUUGGCCGGGUUGUAACGAUCUCAUCCAAGCUGGCGUGUCCGCAGUGCAAAACGCCAUAUCUUAUCAUUCAGAACGAAAAUAGCUGGGUGCUAACUUUUCUGGAAAAGAUAAACUAUUUUGGCUCCAAAACGCUGACCAUGUUUGUGUAUUGUUCUCUUGCCGUUGGCGGGUUUUCGAUCCUUUGGGUUCACGGGACAUUUUCGCUGCUGUUUAUGUAUGGCAUUGAGGAUUACACACGGAUGUUUUCCGAAAUCAUACUAAAUGAAGAGUCCUUGUCAGAGGAGAAUGUCAUCAGCACACUUUCUGCGCUUGUCAACUACAUCACGUUUACCCUGGUCGCGGUUCCUAUGAUCCCGCUGUUUCUGAUUGUCUCUGUGCUUCCUAUUUCUUCCGUCAGACACGCCAUCUCUGUGAUUUUGAUGGGAAAGCUCUACAUGUUUACUAAUGUCGAUGGGAGUUCCACGGAUGAUUACCAGCUCCAACCACUGUCGUGGCUCAUUCCUGCCGUUUAUGUGACAUACUCCGUUGCGAGAGACUUUCUUUUCAAAAAGUUGGGCAUUUCAAAGAAAAUUGCCGAGCGGCAACUUGCGGCCACAUCUGAUGCCAUACACGAUGCAGGGGAGGAUGAAGGCUCGAUCGUUGCCGCUGUUAUUUUGGAGUCAGACGACGAUAGCUCUUCUGAUGGCGAGCUGGAGCAGGAACAACACCGUCUUCAAACAGACCCCUCGCUCGUGGAAGAACCAACACAACAGGGCCCCAUUCCGGACUCUCCUGUUCAAACUACAGUCAGAACGAUUGCUACAAUACGAGCCAGCAUUACUCCGAUCAUUUCCUCGCUGUUUAUGCCGUUUCUCGUUCCUUUUAUCAGGGUAUUCUUUGCAUCGAUGGGUGGACGUUUUUUUCCCGUCUCGUCGCUUCCAAUUAUCUAUAAAAACCUAAUUGCAGCGUCGGCUUUAAUUGUUGUGAAGGACUUUUUCCAAAUAACCUACCACAUUGAACGAGAUCGCUUGGAAAAGUCAAGAUCAGUUCUAAAUUAUAACCUUUCUGAAAAUAUUUGA